AUGCCAUUAUCAAGUAUAUCCAACACAUUCUAUCAAGUCAAUGCUACCGCUCAAGAUUGUACAAAUUUAACAGAUAUUGCCUUAGUGAACAUUUCUAUUGUCAAUACCAAUGAUUAUCCACCUGUUUUUAAUUCCAGUCUCUAUCGGCAACUCGUUACAAAUACUCUUCCCAUAGGAUCAUCUGUUAUACAAGUCAUGGCUACAGAUAAAGACUUAAAUCAGUUUGGAAAAGUAUCUUAUUCUAUCUUGAAUCAGACUAAUUUAUUUGCUAUUCACUCAGCCACUGGUAUAAUAUCCACGGCAUCGAGCUUACGAUUGAUCGUUGAAAAUAUCACUCUUACUAUUUUAGCACAAGAUGGUGGAAGUCCACCCUUCAAUACAACUGCUUUAGUCGAUCUGGAUAUAUAUAAUCCAUGUCAAGAUGUUUCUUUGUGGAUUUUGCCGCCUUAUAAUACAACAUUAGAUCCAUCUGUUAGUUCUGUUGGUUCGUUAGUAAUAGCCAUUAACGGCUCUGUUCAAGAUCCAAGACAAAAUCAGGCGGUAGACGAGAUUAUUAUGUUCUAUCAGAUAAUGGCUGGUAAUAAUGAUGGUCUUUUUGAGAUCAACGGGCAAACCGGUAUCGUUCGAUUGGCUAAAGAUUUACAGCAAUCUGAUUUUGGUAAAACUAGAACUUUAACUAUCUCGCUUUCCAAUAAUGGCAGUUGUUCUGUACCUAUUACUACGAGCGAUGUUAGUAUUAAUAUUAAUUAUGAGAUUACUACGUCCAAAAACUUUGCUUCAUCAGUUCAGCUAGCAUUUUCAUCGCCUGAAACAUCAAUCUUGGACUCCACAGUUAGCAGUGUGAAACAUUCUUCCUUCAACAUUCUAUCCCCAGAAUUAUCCCUUCAAUUUACUCCCACUUCCAUUUCAUUCGAUAUUGCUCUUGCAUCAUCGACUACACUUCAAGAAUUACUUUCUUCAACACCAAUUUUUUACUCCUCAGGCAAUAGCAUGAUAUAUUCUUCCGAUGAUAGCUUAUUAUCAGAAACAUCUUUUCAAGUUAGUUCUACAUCGAUAGCAUCUUCCACACUCGAAAUAGAAGCAAUACCUUCAAGUCAAAAAAUAUCUUCGCUGCCAUUAGCAAGCAAUGCUUUAGAAUCGAACUUACUUUCAUCAGAUCAAGACCUGGUCAGUUCUUUUAGCAAAGCAAUAUCAUCAUCAUUUAUUGCCAAUAUAGUAUCAUCUGUUAGCUCAAACGAAUUGAACGAUGUGUCUUUAUCGGUUGAGAUAUCUUCAAAAAAUCUAGAAGCUGAUGAAAGUGGAACAUUUGCCCCUGCUUCGGUGAUAGACGAUAGCAGUCUAUCUUUACAAGAACUUUCAUCAUCAUUGCCAACACUUGGUUCAAGUUCAUUAAGGCUAUCAUUGGAGAUCUCUACGCUCCAGUCAGAAAUCAAAUAUUCUAUUUCAAGUUCGCUCUUACAGCUUGUGAGCGUAACGGUUUAUAAUUCAUUGCAACCUGACAUCCCACAAAGUGAAUCUAUUAAUAUGAAUAGCUCUACUGAUGAACUUAAUCUUUCCAUGCUAAAGACUUCAGAAUACCAUCCAUUGAGUGAUGUGCAAUCAGAUUUAUUUGCUAGUGAGAUUACUCACUCAGUCAAGCCUGAAAAUGUCUAUAAUAUAAGCAAAAGCAGUCAAAUAUUUCAAGAAUCUACUCAAUUACUUGAUAUAUCAGCUUCGGCAGUGGUGGGAGAAGAUACUAGUGGUAUAAGUGAUUUAAAGCUAUCCAGGAUUAUAUCGUCAUCGCUAGACUUUUCGACCUUCAAGCCAGAAAAUAAAUCCUCUUUUGCAGAUCAAGUUAUACAGCCAGUGAGUACAAGUGCUUAUAAUUUAUUACAAUCUGAAUAUUUGCAAAGUGGACCUAACAUCGUCAGCUCAAGUAAUGAGCUCGAUCUAUCUAUAAUACAAUAUUCGGAAAGCUUUCAAUUAAAUUCUCGCUCGCAAUCUGAUCUAUUUGUUAGCGAUAAUACGUCUUCAGUAGUGACUAGCUAUUUUUAUAGUAUAAGUAAUAUUAGUACAACAGUUGAAGAAUCUAGUCAACAACUUGAUGUGUCAGCGUCGACUGCGGUGGGAGAAAGUAUUGGUAGUACAAGCGAUUUAGAUAUAUCUAGUAAAAUAUCGUCGUCGUCAGUCUUCUCGGUCUUUACAUCUCAAAUCGAAUCUUCUACAGAUCAAAUUAUACAGCCAGUAAAUAAAACUGUUUAUAAUCCUACACAAUCUAGUAUUACAAGCUCAAUCGGCGAGCUCGAUCAAUCUGUACUAAAUUCAGAAUAUAUACUGUUAAGCGAUAUUCUAUCUUAUCCAUUGACUAGUAAUAUUGCUAUCGAUAUCACAUCUUCAAUAGCGAUUGAUAAUCUCUCUAGUAUAAGCAAUAGUAGCCAACUAGUUGAAGAAUCUAGUCAACAACUUGAUGUAUCAGCGUCGACUGCGGUGGGAGAAAGUAUUGGUAGUACAAGCGAUUUAGAUAUAUCUAGUAAAAUAUCGUCGUCGCCGGUCUUCUCUGUCUUUACAUCUCAAAUCGAAUCUUCUACAGAUCAAAUUAUACAGCCAGUAAAUACAACUGAUUAUAAUCCUACACAAUCUAGUAUUACAAGCUUAAUCGGCGAACUUGAUCAAUCUGUAGUUAAAGAAUCUAGUCAACAACUUGAUGUAUUAGCGUCGACUGCGGUGGGAGAAAGUAUUGGUAGUACAAGCGAUUUAGAUAUAUCUAAUAAAAUAUCGUCGUCAUCAGUCUUCUCGGUCUUUACAUCUCAAAUCGAAUCUUCUACAGAUCAAAUUAUACAGCCAGUAAAUACAACUGAUUAUAAUCCUACACAAUCUAGUAUUACAAGCUCAAUCGGCGAGCUCGAUCAAUCUGUACUAAAUUCAGAAUAUAUACCGUUAAGCGAUAUUCUAUCUUAUCCAUUGACUAGUAAUAUUGCUAUCGAUAUCACAUCUUCAAUAGCGAUUGAUAAUCUCUCUAGUAUAAGCAAUAGUAGCCAACUAGUUGAAGAAUCUAGUCAACAACUUGAUGUGUCAGCGUCGACUGCGAUGGGAGAAAGUAUUGGUAGUACAAGCGAUUUAGAUAUAUCUAGUAAAAUAUCGUCGUCAUCGUCGGUCUUCUCGACAUUUAUUACUGAAAUUGAAUCUUCUAUAGAUCAAAUUAUACAGCCAGUAAAUACAACUGAUUAUAAUCCUACACAAUCUAGUAUUACAAGCUUAAUCGGCGAACUCGAUCAAUCUGUACUAAAUUCAGAAUAUAUACUGUUAAGCGAUAUUCUAUCUUAUCCAUUGACUAGUAAUAUUGCUAUCGAUAUCACAUCUUCAAUAGCGAUUGAUAAUCUCUCUAGUAUAAGCAAUAGUAGCCAACUAGUUGAAGAAUCUAGUCAACAACUUGAUGUAUCAGCGUCGACUGCGAUGGGAGAAAGUAUUGGUAGUACAAGCGAUUUAGAUAUAUCUAUUAAAAUAUCGUCGUCGUCGGUCUUCUCUGUCUUUACAUCUCAAAUCGAAUCUUCUACAGAUCAAGUUAUACCAUCAAUGAGUACACAUACUAAUAAUUUAUUACAAUCUAAUAGUUUUCAAGGAGGAUCCAACAUCAUUAGCUUAACUGAUGAUUUAUCUAUACAAAAUUCAGGAAAUUUUCUGUUUGAUUCACUUACUAUCGACAGAACGUAUUCAAUAUUGAUCGAUAAUUCCUACGAUAUCAGUAAUAGUAGUCAAAUACUUAAAGAAUCGAGUCAUUCACUUGAUAUAUCAGCUUCAACAGUGGUAAUUGAAAGUAUUGGUGGCACAAGUGAUUUAGAUGUCGCUAUUAACAAUUCAUCACCGUCAGAAAUCUCGACUUUCAAGCCCCAAAUCCAUUCUUCUGCGAUAGAUCAAGUUAUAUUGCCAGUGAGUACAACUAUUUAUAGUUUAUUGCAAUCUAACAGUUUACAAGGUGGAUCCAAUAUCGUUAGCUCACAUUACGAGCUCAAUCCAUCCAUGCUCGUAAGUUUAGAAAAUGUUCCAUUAAGUGAUACUCAAUCUGAUUUACUUGUUAGUGAUAUCACAUUUCCAUUAGUAACUAACAAUUCCUACAGUACAAGUAGAAUUAAUAGUAGUCAAGUAUUUCAAGAAUCUAGCCAAAUAUUUGACAGAUCGACUUCGACAGUAGUAGGAGAAAAAAAUAAUGGUAGUUCAAGUGAUUUAAAUGUGGCUGUUUAUAAUUCAUCAUCGUUAGACAUCUCAACAUUCAAGCCACAAAUCAAAUCAUCUACUGCCUAUCAAAUCACUCUACCAGUAGCCACUACAACAACGAUCAUAACUAAUUAUAAUUCAUUACAAUCUGACAGAUCGCAACAUGAGUCUAGCAUCGUUAGCAUAACUCAAGACCUUCAUCCAUCGACAUUACCUAACUACUCUCAACUAAGCGAUACUCAAACUAAUUUGUAUUAUAACUCAUUACAAUCUGACAGACCGCAAACUGAAUUUAACGUCGUUAACAUUACUGAAGACAUCCAUUCAUCGACACUACCUAACAACUUUCAACUAAGCGAUACUCAAACUAAUUUGUAUUACAAUUCAUUACAAUCUGAUAGAUCACAAAGUGAAUCGAACAUCGUUAGCAUAACUGAAGACCUUCAUUCAUCAACAUUGCCUAGUUUAAAUUACUUUCAAGUAAGCAAUACUCAAACUGAUUUGUAUUAUAAUUCAUUACAAACUGAGAAAUCACAAAGUGAAUCUAACACCAUUAGCACUGCUGCAGACCACUAUCCAUCAAUGUUACCUAAUUCAGACUACUUUCAACUAGUUGAUACUCAAACUGAUUCGUAUGUUAGUAACAUGGAGUAUUCAUUUAAGACUAGCCAUUUAUACAGUAUAAGUAAGAGCAAUCAAAUACUUCAAGAAUCUAGUCAAUCAUUUGGCAGUUCGAUGACGAUAGUACUGGGAGAAAGUAUUGGUAGAACAAGUGAUUUAAGUAGGGCCAUCUACAAAUCAUCAUCGCCGGAGGUCUCGACUUUCAAGCAACAAAUCAAAUCUUCUACUAUGGAUCAGUUUAUUUCACUAGUGACCAUAACACAAACGGUUAAAGCUACUUACAAAACACUACAGUCUGAUAUUUUACAAAGUACAUUUGAUAUUAUUAGCUCCACUGAUGAGCUAAAUCCAUCAAUAUCGCCAAGUUCAGGCAACUAUCAAUUACUCGUAAGUGAUGCUCAAUCUAAUUUAUUUUCCAUUGAUAUCCAGCAUUCCUUAGUGACUAAUAGCUUCUAUAGUAAAAGUGAUAGUAUUCAAACAUUUAGAGAAUCUAGGCCAUCAUUUAACGUAUCGACUUCAUCAGUGAUGGAAGUAAGCACUGGUACUACAAGUGAUUCUGAUUUAGCUACUAGCAAUUCAUUAUCGUCAGAGAUCUCGACUUCAAAGCCACAAAUCAAAUCUUCUACUACAGAUCAAAUCAUCCUGCCAGCGACCACAACUACUUAUAGUGUUAUGCAGUUGAAUAGUUUACAAGGUGGAUCUAACAUUAUUAGCUCAGCUGAUGAACUUUACGCAUCUAUAUUGCUAAAUUCAGACAACUUCCAAGUUAGCGAUAUUCAAUCUGAUUUGCAAGUUGGUCGUAUCACACACUCACUAUUAACUAGCUAUUUCCAUAGUACAAACAAGAAUAAUCAAAUAGUUCAAGAAUCUAGUCAAUCAUUUAACAUAUCAGCUUCAUCAGUGAUGGAAGAAAGUAUUGGUAGUACAAGCGAUUUAGAUAUAGCUACUAAUAAAUCAUCAUCGUCAGACAUCUCGACUUCCAAGCCACAGAUCAAAUCUUCUUCUACAGAUCAAAUCAUCCUGCCUGCGACAACAACUACGUAUAAUGUUAUGCAAUCUAAUAGUCUACGAGAUGAAUUUAACAUUAUUAGCUCAGCUGAUGAGUUCAACCAAUCUAUAUUGCAAAAUUCGGAAAACUUUCAAUUAAGCGAUAUUCAAUCUAAUUUACAAGUUAGUAGCAUCACACACUCACUAUUGACUAGCCAUUUUUAUAGUACAAACAAGGAUAAUCAAAUAGUUCAAGAAUCUCGUCAAUCUUUGAGCAUAACAGCUUCAUCAGUGAUGGGAGAAAAUGUCGGUAGUACAAGUGGUUUAGCCAUUAACAACUCAUCAUCGUCAGGGAUCUCGACUUUCAAGUCAUACUUAAAAUCUUCUAAUAUAGAUCAAGAUACUCCGCCAGCAACCAUGACUACUUAUAAUUCAUUACAAUCUGACAUCGUUAACUCAACUGAUAACCUUGAUCUGUCGAGAUUAGCUGAUUCAAGUAACUUUCAUUUAAGCGAUACUCUAUCUAGGUUGUAUGUCAGUAGCAUAGCACAAUCAUCUGUGAUCAGAAAUUCCGAUAGGAUAGGUAAUAGUGAUCAAAUAUUUAGAGAGUCUAUUCAAUCAUUCGACUUCUUGACUACGUCAGUGGUGAUAGAGAAUAUUGGUUGGACAAGUAAUUUAGGUGUAGUCAUGAAUAACUCAUCGCCAAAAGUAUCAACUUUCAAGCAAACAUUCAAAUCCUUUACUACAGAUCAAGUCCUUCCACCAGCAAUCACCACAAUUUAUAAUUCAUGGCAAUCUGAUAUCAUUAAGUCAACUGACAGUCUUGGUUCAUUGAUACUGACUAAUUCAAAUAACUUUCAAUUGAGCGAUACUCAAUCUAGUUUGUACCUUAGUAACAUGGUGCAAUCAGUGACUAGCGAUUUCCAUAGCAUAAGGAAUAGUAUCCACAUAUUUACAGAAUCUGGUCAAUCAUUUGGCAUAUCGGCUUCAUCAGUGAUGGGAGAAAGUAUUGGUAGCUCAACUGAUUUAGAUAUAGCUGUUAAUAAUUCAUCACCGUCAGGGAUCUCGACUUUCAAACAACACAUGAAAUCUUCGAUAGAUCAAGUCAUUCCAUCGACGGUCACGGCUGCUUAUAACUUAUUGCAAUCUAACAUCGUAAAUUCAAUAAUUGACAAUCUUGAUCCAUUAUUUAAUUCAAACAAUUUUCAAUUAAGCAGUACUCAAUCUAGCUUUUAUGUUAAUAACAUGGUGCAAUCAUCCGUGACUAGCAAUUUUUACAGUAUAAGUAAUAAUGAUCUAAUUUCUAGUGAAUCUAUUUAUUCACUGGACAUAUCGACUUCACCAGUGAUGAGAAAAAGUAUUGUUAGAACAAGUAAUUUAGAUAUCACCAAUUACAAUUCAUCAUCGCCAGAAAUCUCGACUUUUAAGCCACAUAUAAAAUCUUCUACAGAUCAAGUCAUUCCACUUGCAACCACAACUAUUUACAAUGCUAGGCAAACUAAUAGUUUACAAGGUGGACUCAACAUCAUUAGUUCAGUUGAUGAGUCUAAUCCAUCCAUUCUAUCAAAUUCAAAACACUUUCAAUCAAGCUAUACUCAAUCUGAUUUGUAUAUUAGUAAUGUCGUGCAUUCGCCAGUAACUAAUAAUUUAUACAGUAUCAAUAGCAGUAAAUCAAUAUUUAGAGAAUCCAUUCUGUCAUUUGACAUAUCGACUUCAUCAGUGAUGAGAGAAAAUAUCGGUAGUACAAGCGAUUUAACCAUUAACAACUCGUCAUCGUCUGAAAUCUCUACUUCCAAGGUACUCAUAAAAUCUUCUGCUACAGAUCAAAUCAUCUCGACAGCGACAACAACUACUUAUAACGUAGCACAAUCUGAUAAUUUACAAAAUGGAUCUAACAUUGUUAGCUCAAUUUAUGAGCUCAAUCCAUCUAUUUCACCAAAUUCAGACAAUAUUCAAUUAAGCGAUACUCUAUCUUAUUUACAGCGACUAGCAAUUUCUUUAGUACAAACAAGAAUAAUUCAGCAGUUCAAGAGUCUGAUUAAUCAUUUGAUAUUCGGUUCAUCAUUGAUCGGAGAAAAUAUCGGUAUUACAAGCAAUUUAACCACUAAAAACUCAUCAUUAAGGAUUUCAACUUUCAAGACAUAA